UUCAGGAUUAAGACUACAGGUCUAUAGCUGUUAAAUCCCAGAGCCACAUGAACGUCCUAAACGGCUAAACCUGCAACUCGCCUACUCAUUCCAGCUUUUAUGUAUCUAUUUUGCUUGUUUGAUUCUUUGGUUUAUUUAGUAGUCAGUUUGAGAUCCUAGGAUGGCUCUUGUACCUAGCCGUCAAAUUUAUCCAACGACCUUUUUGGAUUCGUUUCAGAGCUCUCUCUCAAGAUUCAACAGUUCUCGCUUGCAAAUUUUCAGGUAUGGUUCAUCGAUUCCCAGCAAAAAACACAUUUUCUAUGUAGCCCAGAACAGCAUUAACCGAGAUUCCGUGCCAGAGAAAAACCCACAAAGGAGUCAUAAUUUUGUACUGAAAAACAAUCAUAACAAGUGUUCUUCUGCCGGUGAAACACCAAUUUCUCAGUUUCAUUCUGAUGGCGGUUUCUCCGGUCGUAGUUGGAUUAGUAAAUGGAAUGAAAACCACCAACGGAUGCUCCCUAGAACGCCGCAAGCUGUGGUGGAUUACCGAAACAGUGAGGGUAUUUCAAGUGAAGACGACGAGCAGAGUAGUAGUACAACCACUAGCAGUAGUACAAUGGAGAAGAUUGUGGAGAAAUUAAAGAGAUUUGGGUAUGUUGACGAUACGAGUGAACGGAAGGAAAGAGUGCCAGAGAGAGGAUCCGUGGAAGAUAUCUUUUAUGUUGAAGAAGGGAUGUUACCGAAUACGAGAGGUGGGUUCUCGUCAGAAUUUCCGUUUGGGGUGGGAAAUGGUUCUGAGGGUGAUGGGGAGGUUCGGUUUCCAUGGGAAAAGCCAUCUGUGAACGAAGAACAUGAAAAUUCAGUGAGGCGAAGGAGUAAGACCUCGUUGGCUGAAUUGACUCUUCCAGCGUCAGAGCUGCGGAGACUGAGACAUAUGGCUAUUAGGUUGAAGCAGAAGACCAAAAUUGGAGGUGCCAGCGUUACUCAGGCGGUAGUGGAUUUGAUUCAUGAGAAGUGGAAGACGUGCGAGGUGGUGAGACUCAAAUGCGAGGGAGCUCCUGCACUUAAUAUGAAACGGAUGCAUGAGAUAUUGGAGAGAAAGACUGGUGGGUUGGUAAUUUGGAGGUCUGGCACCUCUAUUUCUUUAUACAGAGGUGUUAGCUAUGAGCUUCCUUCAAUGCAAGAAGCAAAGAAAAGGAUGCAGAAGACUAUUGAAAUUCCCCAUAUAUCCUUUGGAAAAGAAACAGGUAAAAGUAGUAAUGAUCCUAGAGAUUAUGGGUCUUAUAAUGAUAAACAGAUACCACAAACCAGCUUGGCAUCUACUAUUGAGAAGAAAAAAGAUGCUGAUUCAUUGCCAGAAAAGAAGUAUGAGCAUGAAGUGGAUGAACUAUUAGAUGGUCUUGGUCCUAGGUAUGUGGAUUGGCCAGGAAGCGAUCCGUUACCUGUAGAUGCUGACUUGCUACCUGGUGUUGUUCCCGACUACAAGCCCCCUUUCAGAAUACUUCCUUAUGGUGUGAGGUCUACACUUGGAAUCAAGGAAGCAACAGCACUACGAAGGCUUGCUAGAGUUUUACCUCCACACUUUGCCAUAGGGAGAAGCAGGCAGCACCAAGGGUUGGCCAUGGCCAUGGUCAAAUUAUGGGGAAGGAGUUCAGUUGUAAAGAUAGCACUCAAGCGUGGUGUGCAACUUACAACUAGCGAGAGAUUGGCUGAAGAUAUCAAGAAAAUAACUGGGGGUACGCUUCUUUCAAGAAAUAAAGAUUAUAUCGUCUUCUACAGAGGGAAGGAUUUCUUAUCUCCAGAUGUAACAGAGGCAUUGUUAGAAAGGGAGAGGUUGGCCAAGGCCCUGCAAGAUGAAGAGGAACAAGCACGAAUAAGAGCCUCAUCCAUGGUUAUUCCAAUUGCUGAGACAACAGGAGAAUCUAGUACUGCUGGUACUCUUGGGGAAACUCUAGAAGCUGAUGCCCGAUGGGGAAAGAAGUUAGAAGAUGAUAAUAAGGAUAAGGCUUUGCGAGCUGCAGAACUAGAAAGGCAUGCAAAAGUGGUUAGAAAGCUUGAGCGGAAGCUUGAUCUUGUAAGUUCCUUGAACUUGGAAAGUAUAAGUGACAUUGUAGGGUUUAGUUUGAAGAAAGCCUUUAAUUGCUAAAAGAUAAUCAUCAUAUGCAGUAUGAAACACUCUUAUCCUGAGUGGCCAAGUUUUGAAACUAUGUUAACACCUCAAACUUUUCA